AUGUCGUCAGCCGGAGGCAAUGCAGAAAUUAUCGCCACGAAGGGCGAUGUCAUACUUCAACUAGGCAAAGUCGGAGUUGGAGAUGGAGUACGCAAUGUUCUUGUCUCAUCCGUGGUUCUCAGCCUUGCUUCGCCAGUCUUUGCCACCAUGUUCCACGGUCGCUUCCCCGAGGGUCAGAGUCUUUCUCCAGCUUCGCCACGUACAGUCCCGCUUUCGGACGACGAUCCUGAGUGUAUCACCAUGAUCUGCAAGAUCGGACACAUGCAGACGUCGCAACUUCCGACCACGCUCACCGCCAUGGACUUGUUUAAACUUGCGCUCGUGUGUAACAAGUACGAUUGUGUCGGUGUAGUCCGUGCGUGGGCUAUGAUAUGGAUUGCUGCAUUACUCGAGACGCCUGCAGCUCAAGAUUUCGAGAAAUUGUUUCUUGCUACACAUCUGCUUGAUCUGUCGGGAGAGUUCUCCAGAGUUUCUCAAAGCUUAAUACGCGAUCAAUCAACAACGUUCAGUAUCGUUAAAGCUAUGGCCGGCCAAGAGUUUCUGCCCUGGACUGUGUACCAGUGUAUACUGCUUGGUCAAAUGGCAUAUCGGCAGGAAAUCAACAAGGCAUUUGGUUCGAUUGUCACCGGAAAAGAGAGAUGCAGUGCAUCCCAGCAGUCCACCUGCAUGUUUCUCCACAGCCUCAAGAAAUGCGGCAUAUGGCCUACACACGAUUACUCGGUGCCGGCUAUUAAGUCCAAGCUUGAAAACGUUGGCGAAGCUGCCUUUCCUGCCGACAGCAAGCGAUGCGCAAGCUAUCAAAAUCUCUGUAUUUGCGGGGCUGUUAGUUGUACGAAGAGAAACCUUGUAUAUGAGCUCGACAAGAUCUAUAACGCAGUACAGGGUCUUUGUCUAAAGUGUGUUCGACACAAAGCCUUUGGAGAAAGCCGAGCCCAGUGCGGCGCCCACCUGAUAUCCGGAGCUAUGGUCUAUCUUUGA